CUCUCCUCGCAGACGGCCGACCAGCAGUACAUGGAGGGCUUCAACGACGAGCUGGAAGCCUUCAAAGAACGGGUGCGAGGCCGAGCCAAGGUUCGCAUCGAGAAGGCGAUGAAGGAAUACGAGGAAGAGGAGCGGCAGAAACGCCCGGGCCCCGGGGGGCUCGACCCCGUGGAGGUCAGCGAGUCCCUGCCCCCCGAGCUGCAGAAGUGUUUUGACGUAAAAGACGUUCAGAUGUUGCAGGACACGAUCAGCAAAAUGGAUCCCACCGAGGCCAAAUACCACAUGCAGCGAUGCAUCGAUUCGGGGCUCUGGGUCCCCAACGCCAAAACAGGGGAGGGGGCCGAGAAAGGAGGCGGCGAAGCCCUUUACGAAGAAAUUAAGAAGGAAAACGGCGACGAAAAGAAAGGAAAUCC